AUGUCAUCAACAUUCAGCGGCGAUGAAACGGCGCCGUUCUUCGGCUUCCUUGGCGCCGCGGCUGCUCUAGUUUUCUCCUGCAUGGGUGCGGCGUACGGCACGGCGAAGAGUGGAGUGGGUGUGGCUUCGAUGGGCGUGAUGCGACCGGAGCUGGUGAUGAAAUCGAUAGUUCCGGUGGUCAUGGCUGGUGUUUUGGGUAUUUAUGGAUUGAUUAUUGCUGUGAUCAUUAGUACUGGAAUCAACCCGAAAGCCAAGUCAUACUACUUGUUUGAUGGUUAUGCUCACCUUUCUUCCGGUCUCGCUUGUGGCCUGGCUGGCCUUUCUGCUGGUAUGGCCAUUGGAAUUGUUGGGGAUGCUGGUGUUAGAGCCAAUGCACAACAACCAAAGCUCUUUGUUGGGAUGAUUCUUAUUCUUAUUUUUGCUGAAGCGCUGGCUCUUUAUGGCCUUAUCGUUGGCAUCAUCCUCUCUUCUCGUGCUGGUCCUUUCGGUCCGGAUCUGGUUCGCAGAUAUACUAGUGCGAGAUUUGGUGAGCGUUCACAAGGAGACGUAUUAACUGAGGAGGAAUCAAGAUUACUUACAGAUUAUACGUAUCAUACUCUGGCGGCUAAAUCUAGUGGAGAUCUGUGCUUAAAAUAUAUAUUCUCCUUUGGAGCCUUUGCACGGAUGCCUCUUUUACAUAGAGCAUCAGAGUGGAAGGUGCCAACAACAUUCGUAUAUGGUUUCCAAGAUUGGAUGACUUACCUAGGUGCACAAGAAGCUCGAAAGCAAAUGAAAGUCCCGUGCGAGAUAAUAAGGGUCCCUCGGGGUGGUCACUUUGUAUUCAUAGACAAUCCAGCUGCUUUUCAUUCGGCUGUAUUCUAUGCUUGCCGGAAUUUUAUUUCACCUGACCAGGACAAUAUCUCACUUCCAGAAGGCCUGGAAUCUGUCUGA